GGGAACACCACCCCCAGCAGCAGCAGCAGCAGCAGGUUAGUUUGAGAGUGGUGCAGGAGGAGGAGGAGGGGGGCGAAUUGCAACGUCCUUGCAGAGCGUGCGGACUGAGCUAGAGGAGGAGGAGAGAGGUGAGGAAGAGAGGAGGAGGAGAGGAGGAGGAAGAGAGGAGGAAGAGGGGGGGUCGCGAGCUUCGUGGGAAGGGAGUGGCGGCUGCGGGGAGGCCUCCCGGCCGGGACGAGCAUGGGCCGGUCUCGAAGUGGGACGACGACGACGAUGAUGAUGAUGAUGGUGGUGGUGGUGAUGGCGAUGAUGGUGGUGGUGGUGAUGUGAUUCCGUUGGGGGACACCUCUCGUCUCUCCAGCUCCUGCCAUGGGCGCCGCAGUAAAGGCAGACACAGCGAUGAGAAAUCUUCUUCUGCUCCUGCUGCUGCUGCUCGCUCACUCUGGGGGGGUCCUACUGCCGUCCUCCUCCUCCGCCGCCGCGGCCGCCGCGGCAGCCACGGCCCAGCAAGGGGGGCCCGGGGCCCCCGGAGGCGUCGCGGCGGUCGGGGCGGGUGGCGGCCCUUUCGGCGGCCGGAGCGCCGCUCAGCAGCAGCAGCAGCAGCAGCAGCGGCGGAGGCAGGGCUCCCCGCCGCCGCCGCCGCCGCCGCCGCUGCUGGUCCGUCUGCUGCGGGAGAAACUGUCCCGGGCCAGGGUGGCGCGGUGGCCCUCGGCGUCACGGAGGGACGGCGCUCCGGCGCGCUGGAGGCACCGCGGGCAAACGGCGGCGGCGGCGCCGCCGCCCGGCCCCGCGGCCCCGCCGGUCUUCGGUUCGGGGAGCGCGAGGCCGGGCACCGAGGACGCCCCCGCGCCAUCUCCCCGCGUGAUCCUCAGCGAGCGCCGCCCGCUGGCGCCACCGCCGCUCUUCGGCAUCGGGGAGGCGGCGGCGGCGGCCGCGGCGGCCGCGGCCGCCUCCGCGAUUGCGGCGGCGGAAGAGCGGGCGGAGGAGGCGGAGGAGGAGGCGGAGGAGGAGGAGAUCGGGGUGGGGGUCGGCGCGGGCGGGGCGCCGUGGGUCGCGGGCCCCGCCAACGGCACGGCGCGCUCCAAGCGGCACCCGCAGGGCCGCGUGCACCGCGGCGAGUACUCGGUGUGCGACAGCGAGAGCCGCUGGGUCACGGACAAACCCAGCGCCUUUGACAUCCACGGGCACCGAGUUCGCGUGCUGCUCGAGUUCAGCACGGCGGGGCGCCCCGUGCGCCAGUACUUCUACGAGACGCGCUGCAAGGGUGGAGGAGGAUUUGGCUCGUCCUGCCGCGGCAUCGACGAGAGACACUGGGACUCGCGGUGCAAGACCACGCAGUCGUACGUGCGGGCGCUGACGCUCGACAAGAGCGGCCAGUCCGUGUGGACGUGGAUUCGCAUCGACACUGCGUGCGUGUGCACGCUCACGCGCAAGUUCGGCCGAUACUGACGGGCGCGGGAACUGGGCGGAUCGUCGGGCGGACGGGCGGGCGGACGGAGGAUAUCGGCGGACGAGCGGGCGGAUGACGAAAAGGGAUAAUUUGGUGAAUUGGUGGGUCGGAUUGGGUCGGGUGGAUGGGAGAAGGAAUGGAUGGAUGGAUGGACGGAUGGAUCGGCCGAUGGAGAGAGGGGAAGAAUAUCGCGGGGUGUACGAAUUCGGCCGGCGGGCGUGCGCGCCGGCCGAGUACGGAUGGAGAAUCGGAAUUGGACGGCGAGAGUUGAACGGGUGGAGCAAGGGAGUUUAUUUGUAGCGGAUAAAGAGGAUGAGGGGGGGGGGUUAGGCGACGCAGGCCCGGGCUGGGGGGGGGGGCCCGCGUCGGGCAACCCGUUGCUCGCCCUUCGCCCGCGUUGGACAGCCGGGGCACGUGGGAGGGCGA